AGGAUCGCGCCGCGUGCAAAAAACGUGGGACACAAUAGGAGAAAAGGUGUAACACAGCGUGAAUAGAAGAUCCUUUUCCAGCGUGAAUGGAAUUUCACAUGCCUGCAUUGGGUGACAGAACCUGAACCCCUUGCUUCCACUGCGGAACCACGCUUCCCCUCCUCCCGCGCCUCGCUCCCUCGUCCCCCGCGUACCCAGGCCGCGUGCACGCAAGCGCUCUCGUUCCUUUCAUGUCGGGCGCGGCGCUCAGGAGAUGGUGAAUGGGGGCGGCCUGCCCAUCCGAUUCCGCUAUAAGCCUCUCGAUACAAGCGCCGUGCCAAACCACCAGCAGCCAUUCACCUCUCUGACCGUUCCCCGCAAAAUGCCGCCGCACGCCAGGACCAGCGCCGCGCGGAGGGCGGCGGGCGUCCCAGGCUCCGCGCGCAGCUUGCGCUACUUCCCCCUGGUGGGCCCCAUCGCGCUCGGCGCGCUCUACCUGCUCUUCCUCCUCACGCGCUGGGGGCGAAACCCUCCGCCGUGGGCGCAAGCACGCCGUGGCUCUCCAUCGCCUACAUGCCCUCGGGGGAGGGCUACCUGCUGCUCCUCGCUCCCCCGCGCUACUCCGCCCCCUCCUCCCCUUCCCCCUACCCCCCGCCUGAGCGCCAGCAGCAGCGCCUGCGGCUGCCCGCCAUGGAGGUGGGCGGCGUGCGGGUGGAGGGGCUUGCUGUGGGCGGCAGGGGACGGACUGCCAGCUGGCAGGGCGGGGUGGCGGGAGGAGGGGAGGGGGCGGGUGCAGCGGAAGCCCAGCCUGCCGCCCCAAAUGCCUCUGCCUCCCCCACAGCCGCCCUGCCCGCGCCCCCCUCGGUGGUCGUGACGGCGAGCCGGCUGAGCGCACACGCCGUGGUGAUGACGUGGGAGCUGAGCAACCCCCUCAUGUUCCCCGAUGGGGUGGACUUCACCGUGCGGAUAGCAGACAAUGCAUCAGGGUGGUACGGUGGCGGAGAGCGGUUCAAUGCGGUGAACCAGAGGGGCAAUGUGCUGCCCAUGUUCUCACUCGACCGCUUCACUGACGUGCCUGCGCACCGCAGCUACAAGCCGGUGCCGUUUGUGAUGAGCAGCAGCGGGUACGGCGUGUGGGUGCAGUCGUACGCCAACGGCACCUUCAGCCUCGCCACCCACGACGAGCCGGAUGUGCUGGCCGGGAUGUGCUGGCCAUCCGUUUACCGCGAGCAGCAGCUGCGGGUGGUGAUCAUAUCGGGCCCCUCGCUGCUCGCCGUGCUCUCCGAGUUCACACGCCUCUCAGGCCGCCCCUCCCUGCCGCCCGAUUGGGCCUUUGCGCCCUGGAAGGGGCGCGACGUGCACUUCAACUGCUCGCAGGUGGUGGAAGAUGCGGAGAAGCUGCGGCAGCAGGGCAUCCCGGGGUCGGUGAUGCUGAUAGACAGCCCGUGGGAGACGGCGUACAACGACUUCACCAUCAACCGCCUGCAGUUUGACGACCCCGAGGACAUGUUCCUGCGCCUCCAGGAGCUGGGCUUCCACAACAUCUUCUGGGCGACGCCCUUCAUCAACCGCGCCAAACCGCGUAGACAUGCAGGGCAUCACGGCGGGCCCGGCUGCCAUCUUUCAAGAGGCGGACGAGCGCGGCUUCCUAGUGCAGCAGGAGGGGGGAGGCUCUCAGAUAGUGAAGUGGUGGAAGGGCGAGGGCGGGCGCGUGGACUUCACAAGCGAGGCGCGGUGGCGUUCUGGCACGGCGCCAUGAACACGACGCGGCAGUGGCCCACUGCGCGUGGGUUUAAGUGCGACGACGGCGAGGGCAACUACUUCCUGCCCGGCGCUGCGUUCCACGAUGGCUCACCACUCUCACUCAUGAAGACCCGGUGCUAUGUGCUCUCACCCGUGCAUGUUGUUACGUCUGUGCAGUGCUGUGUGCUCUCACCCAUGCAUGCUGUAUCACCCUGCACGUGUGCCAUCGACAUCCCUGGACUAUCCAUGCGCUACCCGCCUCUGUACCCGUCUGCGCUGCUCGUACGUGGAGAAGUAUCUGGGCGCCAUGGGUCGUUCAUUGACAAGUACCUGGACGGGGAUGGCGUGCUCAUGGCCAGGAGCGGCUUCACAGGCACGGGCAAGUCGUUUGUGUGGGCGGGCGACCAGCGCGCCAACUGGAAUCGCACAGAGGGCUUCCCGUCGGUGAUCAUGGCGGGGCAGACAGCGGCGCUGUCGGGGUUCUUCCUGUGGGGCAGCGACAUCGCGGGGGACUUCGGCCACUCCAUCGACAAGGAGCUCUUUGUGCGCUGGGCGCAGUUUGGCGCGCUCUCCCCGCUGAUGCACCAGUUCGGGCAGGCCAACAGUGGCCCGUGGGACUACGACGCGCUCACGCUGCGCAUCUACCGCCGCUUCGCGCGCCUGCACAUGGCGCUCUUCCCGUACCUCAAGGCGGCGGCGCUGCGCAGCGCCACGGCGGGGGAGCCCAUUGUGUGCGCCAUGGCGCUCUGCUUCCAGGGGGACGCCCAGGCCGCCGCCUCGCAGUGGGAGUGGCAGUACAGGUUCGGCCCGGACCUGCUGGUGGCGCCGGUGUACGAGAGUGGAGUGAGCAAGGCCACGGUGUACCUGCCGCAGGGCAGCGCGUGGGUACACUUCUGGGCCGCCAACGCCGCGCCCCUGGAGGGCGGGCAGGCGGUGGAGGUGGCGGUGCCGCUGCACGAGACUGCGCUGUACGUGCGCGCGGGGGCGCUCAUCGAGAGCAUCGAGGAGGACGUGGACACGCUGCUGCCGCCCUCAGCCACGCUGCACCCCGAUGUCAAGACCGUUGGCAGCGUGUGCAUCCUGCAGGUGUGGCCGGGCGUGCCGUCCCCCUCGUCGUCCCUGGCGUCGCUGUUGGCGCCCUUCCAAGCGGCGCUCUCCGCCCGCCCCGUGGCGCAGGCGCACCGCCGCCACCGCCUGGUGCUGCAGCUGAGGGCGCAGGAGCGGGUGGAGCUGUCGCUGCGCUUCAUGCACGGCGAGCGCCUGGGGCACCCCACCGUGCGGCGCGGCACGCGCGAGCAGGUGGGCGUGGCCGUGCGCGGGGGGCAACUACCUGGGCGUGGAGGGGCUGCACUGCGCGCUGGCGCUGGAGGCUGGGGUCACGGAGGUGUCGUGGGAGUAUGGCGGGGUGACACGCGCCUGCUAGGGAAGGGACUGUGCGUUGGUGAGAAGGCGGCAGUAAUGUGCUCAGUAGACCCGUUCAGUGGAUCAUUACUGAAGCAAUGGGGAGCAUGAUGUGAUGAUGGAAACCACUGCAUCUUGAUCCGUUGUAAAGACAGUAUGAUCAACUCAGCAUCGUCUGCCAUGGCGUCGACACCUAUUGGCCUCAAGCCCAU